CAGACCUCUUUGCAAAAAAUCUCAGCGAUGCCGUCAUGGAUGCUGAAGGUAAAAACACUUAUCUACUUUAAAACGGCUCAAAUGGCUGCCACCGCACCUCCCCCCACUAGAACAAUCAAUAACCCAUCCUUUAUGCAUCACUGCUUUCUGUUUCUUUUGCUUUUUUUUUAUGCCUCCUACCUUAUGUACACAAAUGCAUAUACCCUUCAUAGAUUCAGAUGAUUUGGAAGCCUCGUAUGUGUAUCAUGAGAAAUCUCCUUCUUACAGUCUGAUAACAACCCACUGGCCUCCUACUUUAACUCAUCAGCUCCCUCCUUCCUCCCCUCAUGUUACCACCACCACUGCCGCUGCAGUCGAUCCACAGCAUGCUUAUCCUAACAACCCUCCUUACUACUACUACUACUCCUCCACUGAAAGUACCACAACAGAUAGCAACAGCCAUGACUACUUCUAUCCCAUCACCCCCAACGCUGCUACUGCCAACGCUAGGACGCCGUUGGUAAGAGAAACAUACUCGAGACUUUACCAAAUCAAUGACAAACGUCGUCCAACCCCAAGAUCGUCUCUAUCAGACCAUGUACACUUGUCGUCGUCCCCCAUGUCAUCGUUCGGUUCUUACUCGCAUUACAAAAAAAAGAGACCGACGUUUCGAUAUCCUCUGUCUACCACAUCCGUCUAUCGAUACGCUCUUCCUACCGACCAUGAGGACCUCCUCGACGAAGAGGCGUUUGCAGCAGCCCUCGCCUCAGCAGAAGGGGGCGCGCCGCUUUUAUUUCACCCAGCGUUGUCCUUUCGUAGUAACAGUUUCUUUCGUGGUAAAAAAAGAGCCCUUUAUCGACACAGGACCCUACCCACCCACAGAAAGCGUCUCACCUCUCCAUGCUGGAAAUCGUGCUUAUGGAUCCUGCUGGCUGGCUUUCUGUUGCUUUGUUUGAGCUGGUGUAGUGUCCUACUGUACGCAGAACCGUUGACCGACGUAGAAGUCGUGGGCAUCCACCACGUUCUGGGAACACAGAAAGAGCUCAUGUUCAAUCUACACAUGAAAGCUAGAAACAAUAAUCGGUGGACCAUUCAAAUGAUCAACACAGCCUUUAGCGUGUUUGCCUCAACUCAUUUCGUGCCUACCACUUCCGUCUCGCUGUCAGCUCCCCAUAGCAGCACCGAGACGGUUCACCCUGUCACCCUGCGGCCACAAGUGGCGAAUCCAGUAGAAUACCUAGGCACUAUUGAUCAAUUAGACGAUCCUUUUCUAUUCAAAGGAAAGCCGCUCUUUCAAUCGGAUCCUUUGGAAAGUAGUGCCACGAGUCAGAUCCAAAUCAAACAUCCAGGCGCUACCCCCCAUGACAGCAGUGGCAAUGAAAGAUGGUCCCUCAUCCUACGCUACCCUUACGAAUUAACCGUACGAGGCGUCGUCAAAUACCAGCUGUUACCUCCAUGGUUUACCUCUCUCUUUUUCCCUUUCACAUCCUCCGUCGGAUGGCCACCCAUACGCACGGUGCGUUUGUGUAAAACGUCGGUCGUCGAUCCUGCUACUGGCCGUGUCUCGGAGGAUUGGCCUGUGCCUGAAAAGUCCAUUUGCGAUACACCUGUCACUGCUGCUGAAGGCACUUUUCCAUCGUAGACCAUCCCUCUCUCUCUCUCUCUUCGUUAGAAUGUAUCCCUGAACGAUGCUUUUUUGUGUUUAUUCAUGUACAUGGCUAACAAUGCAAACA